CCGAGAGCUCCGCGGCCGAGGCCGGCGGCGGCGGCGGCGUGUCGCACGGCCGCGGCGGAGCUGCUGCCGCGGGCGCAGGGGAGGGGAAGCGCAACAGGACCCUGGCGGAGAAGAUCCGGGCGGCCGCGGACAUCACGGACAGGGGCAACUGGACGCUGGUCCCAAGCAGGAACUGCUUCCACCGCCACGGCAGCGGAAGCUUCCCCGAUGGCGGCACGGGCGAUUCGAACGGGAGCCACGUCGACCUGGACAAGUGCCUGGCGCUGUGCCAGGAGACCGACUUCUGCGACGGGGUCGUCGUGGAGACCGGGCGUCUGAACGGCCCGUGCAGCCUGCGCACGGAGGUGAGCUUCUCCUCGUGCCAGGAGGACUUCACCUUCGACGCCUGGAUGCGUGACAACACGACCAGCGGCCGCGUCGCGAAACUGAGGGAGCGGGUGGGCUGGGCGCUGCACGAGCGCAAGAACUGCUUCCCCGGCCAGGGCAGCGCGGAGGUCAAGGUCACAGACGUGUUGCCCAGCCCCGCGGAGCCCCUCGCGCUGGACGAGUGCCUGCUGGCCUGCCAGGACCACCCGCUCUGCGAGGGCGUGGCCGUCAGCCACGGCAGGGACGUCACGGCCUGCAACCUGCGCUCGUGGGUCGAGGUCGCCGAGUGCGCGGACGACGAGGGGUUCGACCUCUGGGUGAUGGACCAGACUGCCAGGCAGCUUCUCGGCCCCGAGCCCCCCGCCGGGGCCGUCGGGAGGGACCGCCUGGUGGGUGCCGUCGACAUGAUCAGGCAGGACCACCUGCUGCAGAAGAUCGAUCUGGCGAGGUGUGCGCUCGUCGGGGCGUCGGGGUCGAUGUCUGGCUCGGGCCUCGGUGCUGAGAUCGACGCGCACACGGCCGUGAUCAGGCUCGACCGCAUGCCCACGGAGGAGUUCCGCGCCGACUUCGGCGGCCGCACCGACUUCCUGUUCCUCGGGGAGGCCUUGGACGGCUCGGUUGCGCUCAUGGGCGUUGAGGAGCCCAAGGUGGCAGUCUGCCACGACGUGGACGGCUGCGACGACGGUCGAACAUCGUCCGAGCGGAGCAUGUCGUGAGAUCCCGGCCACUUGGCGUACACCUGGGGAAAGUCAGGGGAUAGUCGUGCCCCCCUAUGGGCUCCAGGCACAGCCAACAGCACCUCGCGGCUUCCUGGCGUGCCCGGGACACAGGCGCACUUCACUUCCUGCCGCUCUGCGGCGUUUUCGACCUCUACGGCCGAGGGGGCGAUUGCGCGGCCGACGGGUUUCACGACCUGCACGAGGAGCACGUCAUGAGGACGGAUUGCCGCCGGAGAUGGGAGGCAGGGUGCCGCCCGAGGUGAGGCGGGGUGGCUGCGGGAGCACGCGGCGCGGGUGAGGCGCGUGACGACGACCUCCGGCGGCGCGGCGGGGGCCGGCCAGGCAGGAGCCUCGAGCGGCAGCGCGUUCGUGGCGGAGGUGCUCGGCGGGGCGAUGGGCACCACGCGGGCGCCGCCGUGGGUACGGGCGUGAGCACGGCGCCCGUCUCUGCUCGCGGCCGCCGCUUGCAUGCGGUCCUCCUCGUCCUCCAUCCUCCACCUCUGUCUCCUCCUCCUUUUCCACCUCCUC